CUCGUCCGACAAAGCAAAACCCUAGCCAGUCCGAAUUUGAACUUUGGAGAGAGAGAAAGAGAGGGAAGAGAGAGAGAGAGAGAGAGAGAGAGAGGACGAGACAAAACUUUGAAUCUUUGGAGGAAUGGAGGGUAAUGUCCAGUUGAAGAUGGAAAGAAAAACUCACCUAGAUUCAAGAACAUACUCGAUUUAAGAUAUUUCUUUGCAAUUCGUCUCCGGAUUGAAGCCCAUCCGUUGCAAAAGCUUCUUUACUGGAGAUUCUUCCAUAUCAGGUCAAGAAGGGGCAUUAUUCUUCCAUAUCUGGAUUUGAUGGGAGCAACGAGUGGAAUGAAAGUUAUCAACUGUUACAUAUAAAAAAUGGUUACACGUGUUGAUAUGAAUUGUUUUGCAAUUUUUGUCUGUGAAAAGUUAAAAUGGUGAAAAAGUUGCUCAAUAUCUUAAUACAUUACCAUAGAUUGACUCAUUCAAAACCAUGCCUGCUAUGAAGAAGAAUUCUGAACGCAGUAGCAUCGGGCACAUUUUCAACAAAUUGCUGAAGGAUCUAGGAAGUCCUGUUGAGUUUGACCUUCCAGAUUGUUUGAAGAAACGCAAGCAUACACCUUAUACUUUUAUAAGGCGCAAUAUAUAUCUCACAAAAAAGGUUAAGAGACGUCUGGAGGAUGAUGGUAUUUUCUGUUCCUGCACUGCAUCACCAGGAUCUUCUGGUGUGUGUGGUAGAGAUUGUCAUUGUGGGAUGCUGCUGUCUAGUUGUUCAUCAAGCUGUAAAUGUGGGACUUCAUGUCUCAACAAACCAUUUCAACACCGAACUGUGAAGAAAAUGAAACUAGUGAAGACAGAGAAAUGUGGAUCAGGAUUAGUGGCAGAUGAAGAUAUAAAGCAGGGAGAGUUUGUAAUAGAGUAUGUUGGAGAAGUUAUUGAUGAUAAAACUUGUGAGGAAAGGCUUUGGAAAAUGAAGCACCGAGGAGAAACCAAUUUCUAUUUAUGCGAAAUUAAUCGGGAUAUGGUAAUUGAUGCCACAUACAAGGGAAAUAAGUCAAGAUAUAUAAAUCAUAGUUGUCGGCCCAAUACAGAGAUGCAGAAAUGGAGAAUUGAUGGUGAAACUAGAAUUGGCAUUUUUGCAACUCGUGACAUAAAAAAGGGAGAACAUCUGACAUAUGAUUAUCAGUUUGUUCAAUUUGGUGCAGAUCAAGAUUGCUACUGUGGUGCUUUAGAAUGCAGGCAGAAGCUUGGGGUCAAACCUACCAAGCCUAAAUUGUCUUCUUCAGAUGCUGCACUAAAACUGGUUGCAUAUCAGGUGGCACAAUCCUCCCCUAAAGUGAAAGCAAUUCUGUCUGGAAAACAUGGCUAUGCAAAUGGAGGCGUACGUGUAGGAAGCUCGCGACAUGCCCCUAGCCAAAGAUCAUGUUCCCAUAAUUGUAUUGGUGAAGUUGUUCGACUAAUACGUCCCAUGGAUAAGAGGUCUUUUGGAAUAAUAAAACGGUUUGAUAAUAAUUCCAAAAAACACACGAUUAUGUUUGAAGAUGGUUGUGUUGAAAUUCUUGAUAUGACAAAAGAAGACUGGGAGUUUUGCAACAUUUAAUGGUGUUUGGGGCACUGGUUCUUCAAAUGUAACAAAAGCUUUUUACUUCUGGACCUUGCCUUGCUAUUCUGGACGUUGCAACGUGAGGCGUCUUCCCUGUAAGGCAUUGCUACCUGGGAUUUCUUCUCCACUAGUGGCUGGCCUUUUGUUGUAUUUUAUGUAUUCUUUAGGGUUAAUCAACGACCUUGACAUAUUUCUGUUUGUGAAAGAAAAAUGGUAGAUGUUGUAUGUGAUCUUCAAUGGAAAUAUCAAAUUUCCAACUACCGUACUUAAUCUUCGUCACGUUUGUUGCUGUUGUUGUGUUACUUUUUUUUUUUUUUAAUAUAUCUUGGGAAAGCAGUCAAGUUUGCUGCCUAUUGAUAAAUAUAGGUAUAUUAAGAUGGAUAUUAAUCUGCC